CGCUCGGCCAUGGGCGCUGCGCCGCGCUCCGCCCGGCGCGGGGACCUGCGCGCCGCCCGGACAGCACUGCAGGGGGAAAAGCUCAACGUGCGUGUUUGAGAACACUGAAGAGCACACGUGGGGGAAUUCCAGGACUGGUGAAAAUUUCAGAAGGUAGAAGCUGACAAGUUCACCUCUCAACCAUGUCCCUAAGAGCCAUAUCCAUGUGACAUUUCCAUCCCUGAGGAACAGAGGCUCCCCCACUUCCCAGGGCAGCCUGUGCCAGUGCUUGACAACCCUGUCAGUGAUCACCCAUUCACCUGCUUCUACUGUUAACUACAUCUACUUCAGUUUGCAGAGGAUAAAAGGCUUUCCAAGGAUGGAACUGAAACACGGAUAUGUGUUGACAAAGGAGUUGGAGUAAGACUGAGUCCUGCUCUGUGAUAUUUAUAUACCUGGACCAUGAACUUGCUGUUUGGCUUCAUGCUUUAGGAACCUUUGUAGUAACUGUGUGAAGCUGCUGGGAAUCAUGGCAUUCUCUCCAUGGAAGCUGUCCUCUCAGAAACUAGGCUUUUUUCUGGUGACUUUUGGUUUUAUUUGGGGAAUGAUGCUUCUGCAUUUUACUAUUCAGCAGCAAACACAACAUGAAAGCAGUUCAGUCCUGCGUGAGCAAAUUUUGGAUCUCAGCAAAAGAUACAUCAAAGCAUUAGCUGAAGAAAAUAAAAAUGUAGUUGAUGGGCCUUAUGUUGGGACAGUGACAGCAUAUGAUUUGAAAAAGACACUGGCUGUCCUGUUGGAUAAUAUCUUGCAGCGCAUUGGGAAGUUGGAAUCCAAGGUGGAGAAUCUUGUACUUAAUGGAACAGGAGCAAACUCGACCAACAAUACCACCACUUCUGCUCCCAGCUUAGGAGCAGCUGAAAAGCUUAAUGUAGCAGAUCUCAUAAAUGGAGCCCAGGAACAGUGUGAAUUGCCUCCUAUGGAUGGUUUUCCUCACUGUGAAGGGAAAAUAAAGUGGAUGAAAGAUAUGUGGCGGUCAGAUCCCUGUUACGCGAGCUAUGGUGUAGAUGGGUCCACAUGCUCCUUUUUUAUUUACCUCAGUGAGGUUGAAAAUUGGUGUCCUCGUUUACCUUGGAGAGCAAAAAAUCCUAAUGAAGAGACUGAUCAAAAAACAGUGGCUGAAAUUCGUAUCAACUUUGAUAAUCUCUACAAAAUGAUGGCAAGGCAUGAGGAAUUCAGGUGGAUGAUGUUGCGCAUCAGACGAAUGGCUGAUACCUGGAUUGAGGCCAUUAAAUCGCUUGCAGAAAAACAAAAUUUGGAGAAAAGAAAACGAAAAAAGAUCCUUGUUCAUCUGGGGCUUUUGACAAAAGAAUCUGGAUUCAAGAUUGCAGAAAAUGCGUUUAGCGGUGGCCCACUUGGUGAAUUAGUCCAGUGGAGUGAUUUAAUUACAUCUCUCUACUUACUGGGCCAUGACAUCAGGAUUUCAGCUUCACUGGCAGAGCUCAAGGAGAUUAUGAAGAAGGUUGUAGGUAACAGAUCUGGCUGCCCGACCCAGGGGGAUAAAAUUGUAGAACUCAUUUACAUCGAUAUUGUGGGAUUGACUCAGUUUAAGAAAACUCUUGGUCCAUCAUGGGUUCAUUAUCAGUGUAUGCUAAGAGUUCUGGAUUCCUUUGGGACUGAGCCAGAGUUUAACCAUGCCCAUUAUGCCCAGUCUAAAGGCCACAAGACACCAUGGGGAAAGUGGAACCUCAAUCCACAGCAGUUUUAUACAAUGUUCCCUCACACUCCAGAUAACAGCUUCCUUGGAUUUGUGGUAGAGCAGCACCUGAAUUCCAGUGACAUUAAACACAUUAAUGACAUCAAAAGGCAGAAUCAAUCUCUCGUUUAUGGCAAAGUAGAUAAUUUCUGGAAGGAUAAGAAGGCUUAUCUGGAUGUCAUCCACACCUAUAUGGAGGUCCAUGGAACUGUUCAUGGGACAAGCACCAUGUACAUUCCUGGCUAUGUAAAGAACCAUGGAAUACUCAGCGGGCGGGAUUUGCAGUUUCUGCUGAGGGAAACCAAACUCUUUGUUGGUCUUGGAUUUCCAUAUGAAGGGCCAGCUCCCUUGGAGGCCAUUGCCAAUGGAUGUGCUUUCCUAAAUUUAAGAUUUAACCCACCAAAAAGUAGCAAAAACACAGAUUUUUUCAAAGGCAAACCUACACUCCGAGAGUUGACCUCUCAGCAUCCCUAUGCUGAAGUUUACAUUGGGAAGCCCCAUGUGUGGACUGUGGACAUCAAUGAUCUUUCUGAGGUUGAGAAGGCUGUGAAAUCAAUUUUGAAUCAAAAGAUUGACCCUUAUUUGCCCUAUGAAUUUACCUGUGAGGGAAUGCUGCAGAGGAUGAAUGCCUUUAUUGAGAAACAGGAUUUCUGUCACGGGCAGGUGAUGUGGCCCCCAUUAAGUGCCCUUCAAGUCAAAAUUGCUGAACCUGGAAAAUCCUGUAAGCAAGUUUGUCAGGAAAGCCAGCUCAUCUGUGAGCCUUCCUUCUUCCAGCAUCUUAACAAGGACAAAGCUCUGCUUAGGUACAAUAUCGAAUGUCUCACCAUGGAGUCUGCAAACGAUAUCCUGGUCCCCUCUUUUGAUGGAAGGAGGAAGCACUGUGUUUUUCAAGGUGACCUGCUACUGUUCAGCUGUGCUGGCUCCCACCCUGCCCACAGAAGGAUCUGCCCCUGCAGGGACUAUAUCAAGGGGCAGGUUGCGCUCUGCAAGGACUGCCUAUAGCAGCAGCAGGGCUGCUCCCAGCUGGGCACAACCAGAGUCCUUUGGAGAGGAGAUCCUUGGUACUCCCUGCACUUCGGUCCAGGUUUUCCACUGCAGGCAGAGCUAUCAUUGCUGAAUUAUCUACUAAGAGAGGAGGGAUUCAUAACAAAACAGCUGUAACUGAUCUUUUCUUCCUGUAAGGACAUUUGCAGUGUCACUCUUCAGAUUCCUUCAGCUGUUUGUGAAGAGAAACGAGUCUCGUGUUCGACAGUGAUUUGAAGAUGACUGCACAGAAUAGUUUGUAGAAGAUUUCCAGACCCAUCAAACUUCUGUUUUUGUUGUUUGGGUGAAGUGUUUUCUAUUUUUUUAAUGAGUUAGGACAUCCCCCAUCAUGGUUAGCUAAAGGAUCUCAACUUCAUUCCAGUAGAAAAUUGAAAAGUGUGCUUGAGGGAAGGGAUGCUGGGGAAGGAGGACUAACAUUUUAUUCAAGGUGCACUGGUUUGGGUACAGCUUUGGCUUGAAUGGCUACAGAGUGGUUUAGUUCACAAGAACUUGGAAUAAUGAGAGAGCUCUGUACCCUGCCAUUGGGUUAUUUGGGCUCAGUUGUUUUUGGGGUUUUUCCUUUUUUUUUUUUAAUUAAAUAUUUGUAUACAGUGAGGCAUUGUCUGCAUCACAGCUGCUGCACCAGAGCAGCCUAAGCAGAGUGUCACAAAUGAGCAAAUAGGCAGGUGCCAGCGUGUGACACAUCCUGGUGACUGCACAGCUCACUGGGGUUGUGGCAUUCCUCAGUGUGGAAAAGCUACAAAAACACACAACCAUGUUUGGAAUGGACUCAUCACAGUUUACUGGUCCCAUUUAGGGAGUAAUCCUCAGAAUUUGCCCAUGCUUCUGUUGUAGUCUGUCUACUAGAAAUACUGUGUGAAGCAAAAAGUAUCAGCAUCAUUGGAGCAAUAUUAUCCUUAGAGGCUCAGUUUGCUAUGGCUUCCAGUAGUUAAAGUGUUGCUGAAUGACAUAGAAAGGUUAAACUCAGCUAACUAUAAUUAUUGUAUGGUAGAAAUGUAAAAUGUCUUCACAACUAGCUAGGUUUUUUAAGAGAAUUUUUUUCUGGAGUUCAAGUAAGAAGAGACAAAGAACUGAAAAGAAAAGAAUUAAUCAGUCCUCUUGGGUUCUUUGAUUUUUUUUCUGGUUUUAGGGGGCUGCUUGUUCCUUGUUUCUUCUUCCCGUUUAAUCAGGCACACCAAUUACAAAUUUAGAAGAAAACAAAUCAAGAGUUCAGAAUUUAAAUCAAAGUUGGGUUUUGGGGUUUUUUUGAGAGAAGCAAGUUAGCUCCUCUAAACUGCCUUCUUUUCACAGAAGUAAUUUUUGUUAUUUUCAGCAGAAGGUGACAUGCUUGACAGCACCAUUUGUAGUCAGGAAGUUACAUGUUAAGAUUAGUGAGAAACAAAUCUGCAGUCAGUCUGUAGGUUUGCAAUUUGGACAUGCUCUCAUCAUGCUGGAAUAAAACCCCAAAUCAGCACAAAUAUUUUUUUUUCAUAAAGAUUACCAGGUAGUAUGAAAGGCAGAGAUGCUUUACAUUUUCCUUUCUCAGACAUACGUGCUUGGUUCAGAUUUUUCUGGUAAGCAGUGUUCAUUAUCUGUGUGGGAAUAUUGACGGAUGUGGUGACCUACCAAAGACCAGGCAAGGGAGAUGCUAUUGCACUGUGGAGAAAUCCUCCAGAACAGUCUAUGUUUUAAAUUCCAAUUUUAAAGCAGUGAAUGAGCCUUUUCAAGCAUUUGGUUUCCUGCCUCAACACUCCUGACAGUGUUACCUGUAACACUCCAUGACAUCCCUCUGCACAUCACAGGAGGUUGUUGAGUAUCCAAAAAGGGGCUGUGGGAGCUGUUGAACACCAGGGUCACCAGGAUCUGGGUUUGAUGAUGUGCAAAUGUGCUGUAUUUUAGAUUAAUUUUCCAGAAACAGAACAGCUGGGUUCUCUAAUGGGAGGCAAAAUUUUUGAAUGAAAAGAAAACAAACGCAAACCAGUAUGAAAAUCCCUCCUGUUGCCACAGCUCAGCAUUUGCUGCAGUCAGCACAAAUGUAGUUUACCAUAGUUUUACUGCCCUGGAAAAGCUGGGGGAGGACAAUUGGAAAUGGGUCUGAGCAGGCACAACAAUUCAUUCUGUAUUUACAUAAAAUAUCCCCUGCAUACCUGUGCAUAUUUGUGCAACUAGAAAAUGCUGCCUCUCGCAGUGUAUGAACUUCCAGCUGGUGCUGAAAGUAAAGGCAAGAGCAGGACUUGUCUUCAGCCUGAUGUUUUUCAGGCAGGAAUUGAUUUUGGGCUGGGAUAUCACAGAAUUAUGUUGGAAACAAAGAUUUGUGCGUGUGCACUUAAAGGAUGCAAAAGGUGGGCUUUGCUGUAGUGUAAUUCUUUGCUGUAAAUACAUGUUUGCUUGGUUCCCCCUGCUGUAAGGCCCACAUGGCAAUACAUACUGCAUUUGAUUUUGCCUCUAAACCUUUAAAGACGGGAGGGGUUUGGUAUUUGUUAUUAUAACAUUUUCUGGUCUAGUGCUUUGCUCAAUGCUAAGUUUGCCUUUACCACAGCAGGGAGAGUUUAUUAUAAGCUGUUUUUUCAUGCUGUAGCACUGUUUCUAGUCUGCUGAACUGAAUUGUGCAUUCUGGCAAAAAUGCAACAGCAGCACCAAUGCUGCUUGUGUUUCAGCCAGGGACAGAACAUCCAAAUUGGCUUCAGUGUCAGUGGUCUCUUGUUCUUGUUUCCACUGCAACCUCUAGAGAAGACUCAUUAAUCUUGAAGAAUAACAAACCAAGACCUACAGCUUCAUGUAAAAGGAGACUAUCAUGAGAACUGUAAGUGCAUAGACUCUGCAAGCCUUGCUCACUGAGCUCCUCACCCUCCCCGUCCCACAGCCGCCUUCCCUCGCACAGUGAGAAAUUAGUGAAUCCUUCUGCAGAUCAGCACUCAGGCAAAUCCAUGUGGGACUAGUGAAGAGUUUGAGUUAUUUCCUACAACCUGGUUUAGAUAUCCACAUUUCAGGCGAGUGGCAGCUUUCUGUCUGAGUUCCAUAACUAUUUUCUUUCCUAAUUGAAGAAUAAAGGUGUGUAGUCAUGUUCUUGCACUCAAACAGGGACAUCAGAGAGGGAACUGUGCUGCUCUUUUCAGUCUGAGUAGAGCUUGCAGCUUCCUGUGCUCAGAAGUCAGGUUUUUGCAUGACUGCAUUUGAAUAUAUUGAUCUGCGAUUGAUGGGGAAAAAAAUGUCAAAAGUUGAAUACCUAAACCAUUUUACAAGCUUUUAAACAUAUCUCUCAUAUCAAGACAUUCUUUGUUUUAAAAUUUUGUAUUUUUGUAUGUGACCUAGUUUUUUUCAAAAAUCUUGUUCCUACGGGAUUAGAAAACUUGAGAGAAGCAUUUACAUAUUUAUUAAAAUUAACAUAAAAGGCUUGCCUUUGAAAGGUAAAGUUGGUAAAUACACACUGUUUAAAAAUGCCAAUAAAAACCUCAUUUAUUUCAUAUAUGCAAGUUGAUUUGCACAUGUAUAAAUAGAGUUGCUUUUUGCAUUUUUUGCUUAGUUUCUAUGUUUCUUUUUGUAAUUUAUAGUUGCAGCGGUGUGUUUGCUUGUUCAUAUCAGAUUAUGUUUCUACAAAUAUUUAAUGUUUAUGUGCCUUUUUUACUUUCUUUGGGGUUUGGAUAUGUGUUUGGAAUAUGGACACUGUCUGAACAAUAUAAUGGAACACUAAUUCCAGGUAAAUUGUGCUGAUGACUCUACAACUUAGUGGUGUGAAUUUUGAAUGUUUUUAAGUAGUGGAGAAAUAUGUUCUAAAACUAUAUAAGGCUUAAUAAGAUAAAAGAUACUAUAACUUUUCAUAAUUCCUGCAAAAUAUUGCUUCUGCAAGCAGAAUGCAAUUUAGUGAGAAUCUGUGAUUUGGCAUGAGAGCUCCUGCUGGGACAGGAUGUCUGUUCAAUGACCAGGGAGCAAAGGAAAGCCAUUAACAUUCCCCAGGGAGACAAUGAUAACAGAAAACCUCCAGGAACAGCCAGAACUGAUUUGAUGGGCAGGAAAAUUGAAGAUCCAGAAUGAGGUUUGGGAGGUGUUGGUUUUUCAGAUAAAGAUGUCUCUGCAUGGACGUACACGGGGCGGUUCCUGGUGCUACCAGAGAAUAUUGGCCUUUUAUCACAGCUGAACUGGCAGCUCUCAGUGUGCAGGGACUGGUCAGCUUAGUGCAGAUGGAUUUCCUUUUUUAUGCUACUACUUUUCUGCAGUAGUAUUUUGCAAAGUAGCUGCUUAUCAGAUUUCAGUUGGGAUGGGCUUGUAGCCAGAGCCAGGACUCUGCACUUUCCCAGCUCCACUCUGCCCCAGCUACUUUGUGUCAGCUUCUGCACCUUGCUGAUUAUCAAGAAUUCAGACUCAUUGAAAAUUUCUCUUGGUAUCAUCAGCUCCAAGUCAGGCUGUCAUGUUGUACCACUGUCCUUUAAAAUCCUAGGCAGCAUCCUUGAUUUGUCCUUAAUACAAAAGCCAUUCCCUCCCGUCUCAGAGUGUGUGGCCCAUCUGUAUUGCAAAGGGAUUUCUGAGUUUGCAGCCCUGUUCAUGUAAACAAAACCCAAAUUGCUUUCUCAGGUAUGUCUUUUGCCCAGAGUUCAUUUCAGGACCAGAUUUUGCCAGUAAAAUAAAUUAACUGGGAUGAGUUGGGCUGGAUAUAGUCUCAUCCAAGCCUCAUUAACUUAGUGACUCCCCCUGGCUUCAGUGAGAGCACAACUCCUCCGUUCAUGUUUCUUAAAAUUGAAGAAUCAGCCCUCCCUUUUUAAUAAGUGUAAAGCACUGUACCUUAAAUGAUAAAGACCAAACACUUCCAAGGCAUAUUAUUCACAUAUCAGCAGUCAGUUUUUCUUGCUGUCACAACAUAGAUCAGCUCUGACUAAGUUGAUGAUACUGAUUAAUUAUUAAGGUAUCAGUUGAAAAUGUGGUUAAAUUGCUAUUCAGUCAACAGCUGGGAGUCUGAGGGAUAGAAUUUUUUAUUGUUUAUUUUUAGAGAGACCAGGAGUUAUCAGUUUCUGAUUUCCCAGUCCUUUUUCCAGGGGUGCUAACAUUUGGCAUGGCUGUUUCCUUGUGGUGUUUGUCCUGCAGCUGCUAUGCCUUCAGCUUCUCACUUGUGAUCUCUUCCCAGCUCCUUUGGCCCCAUUGUUACAGGGAAUGCUGUAAACUCCAGGAGAACAGUGCACUGACAGAUGUGUUUUCAUUGGAGCUGAAAUGGCCAGGGACAUAGAGGAUUUUAUUGUGAUCUGCUUUAAUAUUGCUGUAAAUGUAACAUCAAACCACCCCGUUUUAUGGGCAGUGACUUCAAUCUCAUCCACACAUUUUCAAGCAAUUCUGUAGGGGUUUUUUAAAAUCAGUUUGUAACUUCCAAAUUUAAUUAUAUUUAAAUGGAAUGUGUAAACAGCAACUCCAUGUAUCAAGUGUAAAAUGUUUACUGUAGGAAUGUGUUUAAAAUAGCAGAGGCUGGACCCCAGAGUGCCUCAGGUGUGAGGCAUCAUUCAUUCUUCUUUCUUCCAGGAAAAGUAACAGAGUGCAACCAUUGCUGAUGUGCCUUGCACACUGGGCCCUGUUCAUUUUUAACAGUGUCAUCCUUUGCAUAUUCAUGUAAUUAGAACACAUAAAAGUGGGUUUUAAUUCAGCCAACCUCUCUCAAGAGCACUAAGCCACUUCUUUAUUAAAUGAGUAAAUAAAACCAGGUCCUCAAAGUUUUGAUAAAAUGAGUAAUAACUUCACCCUCAACACACAAAAACUGCUUUAAAAAAUCAGUUGUGCUCAAGUGAUUGAAACCCUUCUCUCUGCUGGGCAGUUCAGUGCAGGUGCAAUUUAUUAAAGUGAGCUGUGCAUGGGACCAGAAUUUGUCACCUGGUGUAAGGGCUCACAGAACUAAAGCAUUGAGGACCCUCUGUCCCCAUGGCCACCAAAGCACGUGGCUGCUUCUGGUGCAGGAAAACACAUCUGUAUUGUCACUGCAAACACAGCCCUGGGUCCUGCAGGAGCCACCAAAUCCUUGGCUUUAAGGAGAACAUGUAAAUAAUGCUGGGCAUUUCCUGGAGCCAUCCAGGGCAUCAAGUGCAUGAAACACGACCUGGCUCAGGCUCCAGCAGCUGCAAAGUAGUUUGAAGUAUCAAAUAGGCGCACGAUAAAUCAAGUUAAAUUGCUGUCUGAAGGCAGUUAAUUUUAAUGGUGUAAUACCCAGAACUAAUUUAUGUUCAUUAUCAGAUCUGUUGACAGUACAGUGACAGUGAAAAAUAUUUUUAAGGAGUCGUGGGUUUAAUUUGGUUUUUGUAAGGAAUGCAGGAGAGGAGGAGGAAAUGGCAGUUUUUACCAAAGGAAAAAAGAGAGUAAAUUUUGUGAGAAAAGUUGCCCUUGAAGAUUCUAAGACAGCCAAAAGAAAAAUAUCGGGGAAUAUUUACAAAGCUAAUUUGGGCUUGGAGACUUUGAUCCCCUGAGCUUGCUGAGCUGACCACUGCAGGGAGAUUCUCCAGAGUGCUAUUUGGGGCAGCUCUUUGGGUUCUGGUCUGCAUCAUUCCCUGCAGGAGUCUCCCUCCUCGUGGGUGAAGAGGGUCAGAGUCUGAAUAAGCCCUGUGGCAGUGCAAAUUGGGAAAAAACCCUACUGAAUUCACUGGAAGUAAAAUAACUGCUUUUUGCAAAUAAUAAUGUGGAGUCAAUGAGGGGUUUAAAUGGACACAAGAACUUCAGGAUCAGGCUGGUACUGUGGGGUGUUUGGUUUGAAUUCUCCCCUAAUAGGUUAAUCCUUUGUUUUAUUUCAGUGAUUGUGUUCCACUAUAUUAUGUUCAAGCAGUUGGAUUCAAACAGAACAGAACGCAGUGGUUCAGAUACUGCCAAGUUCCUGGGGUUCAAUAAGAUGGGAUUUUUUUUUAAUUUUUUUUUUUUUAGAACAGUAAAUGUCUGUACUUUAAUGGCAUAGAAAAAUGCUUUGUUUUCACUGUUGUAGAAAAAAAAAACUAGGGAGAAUUUAUUUUUCAAUAAACUUUUUUCUUGUGUGAUUUGGA